AUGAAUAACCCGAUCGCGUCCUUGUUGCUGGCGCGCAGCCAGCAAGUUUACACACACCAGUCGCUGGUGGGUGCGCAGCAGGCGGUACAGGAGGCGGUACAGCUCCCGCCGGCGUCGAGUCGAUCCGCGAAGGUCGUGACGUCGCCGCCCGUCGCGGUCGGGGCGGUGCAGUCGGCGCGUUUGGCUACGACCGCGACCACCUGGCCCUCCACGACCACCAGCCCGGCUAUAGUCGCCUCCGCCGAAAUGGCUACGAACCUCGCCCAAGGCCACAGGAGCCUCGGUACCGGACUCGGUACCGGACUCGGUACCGGACUCGGUUCCGGACUCGGUUCCGGACUCGGUUCCGGACUCGGUUCCGGUCUCAGUUCCGGCCUCAGUUCCGGCCUCAGUUCCGGGCGCGGCUACACCUCCAAGGUUGGUUACGACUACACCCCUGGCGUCACCUCUGGUGUCCGGACGGCUGCUUACCAAGAGCGGCGCAGCCUGAGUCACGGGCGUUCGCAGGCGGCUUUUGAGAUCCGCCAACAGAGCCAGAACCAGCAACACCCGACCAGUCCUCCGAUGGUCAUGGAAGUGGGUCGGCCGGUGGAUAAGCAGUACAUGUCGCGCCCGCCCGCGAUGCUCAAGAUCGAGGACACGAUGACGGAACUCGGCCGGCCCCAAGUUGUGCGGGACUCCAGAGACCGCGAAAGAGAACGAGAGAGGGAGCGUGCGUAUAGCACGAACAGUGUAGAGCAGCUCGUACCCCGACCUCAGCAUCCAGGCACGACGAGGGAAGGUGCGCAUAUCGUUUCUCGGGACUCGCGACCCACGACUUACCCGCCGAUUUCAACUCGCCAGAAACGCGUUAUCGAAGGCGAGGGCAAGGCUGGUGACGGCGAGAAACAACACCCCCCGCAGUUCCAAUCUAACGAAGAACAUCAUCCAUCUCUGGGUGAAGUCUACCACUCCUCCAGACUCCAAAACUCUGCACUCCAGGGUCAGGGCAAGUCCUCCGUCCAAACAUCCUCCCAGUUCCAGAACAUUUCUAAUCUCCAAGCAAGUUCAACCCAGCAGAGCUUCCAAGCGGCCUCCUAUUCUCUCGACCGCCCGUCGCUCGGCCGUCCCUCUCUGGACCGUCCUACCGGGGACCGCUAUUCGGUGCCUGCUGUCUCAUCCACAGCUCCUGCGUCGAUGGCGUAUAUUAACACAGGUGAGGCGACUCCCACUAACGCGUACGCCGCAUGGACUAGUGGGUCGGAGCGGCCUUUUGCGGAACGGUCGUUAGCGGAAAGAUCUUUUACGGGGGGUACGUCGAAGACGACCUUGACGCGUACAUCAGGCCCAGUGACGACGACGGUUACGACUACGCAGGGUGUAGGUCCCCUUACGGGAAGGACGUUAGCAGCACCGCCGCCCACGACCGAGCGUCUGAGCACCGCGGAGCGGACGCCCGUUGUCGUCAACUACGCGCCGAGACCUGGCGCGGUCGAACCGUUGAUGCAGUCACCUUUAGCCGGAGGCCGCGACAAAAAAGCCCUCCCUGGAGAACCAGCCAAUCCCAAGACGGGCCACUUCGCUGGCUGCAAAUGCUGCAAGUGCAGAGGAAACUGCAAAAGCUGGCUCCUAGACUAA